AGUGUUUUCCGCUGUAUUUACGAAGAGGAACAUUGGUAAUACUUUAACCGUCAGUCACUCACUGAGCAAAUGGGCUUCCACUAACACACACGUGUGUAUGUGUGUGUGUGUGUGUGUGUGUGUGUAAGGGUAAUAUAUAGAGGAGCCAGAGGACCUUCUGUAUCUCAGGACAUCGUCUCACGGCAUCGUCUCAUCUCGUCACUAUGAGGGUCAUUAAUCUGGGUCCGGAUCCAUCCUUGGUCUAUCGGCCAAACCUCACGGACAACGCCAGCAAAGACAAAUCAGAGUUCAGGAAUUUUGAGAGUGGCGAACUCUUCGAUCGUGUAUUUAAUACGUACAAGCUGAUGCACACACACCAAACCCUGGACUUUGUCAAACAGAAGCACGCAGAGUGGGCAGGCUGCACUCACUCUCGCAUGACGAUGAUGGAAAGCAUUCAGGCUCUAGACCAGCUGGUGGACGAGUCCGACCCAGACGUGGACUUUCCAAACUCAUUCCACGCCUUUCAGACUGCAGAGGGGAUUCGCAAGGAACACCCAGACAAAGACUGGUUCCAGUUGGUUGGUUUGAUUCACGAUAUUGGUAAGAUUAUGGCGCUGUGGGGGGAGCCACAGUGGGCUGUGGUGGGAGACACGUUUCCUGUGGGCUGUCGUUUUCAGAAGUCCAUCGUUUUCAGAGAUUCCACGUUCCUCGAUAAUCCAGACGAGAAAAACCCCAAACUGAACUCUGAGUUUGGGAUCUAUCAGCCGAACUGUGGGUUAGACAACAUCCUGAUGUCCUGGGGACAUGAUGAAUACCUGUACAGAGUGAUGAAGUUUAAUAAGUGCCUCAUUCCAGAGGAGGGCCUGUAUAUGAUCCGGUUCCACUCCUUCUACCCCUGGCAUUGCCAUGGCGACUACAUGCAUCUGUGCAACGACAAGGACCUGCGCAUGCUGCCCUGGGUCAAAGAGUUCAAUAAGUUUGACCUGUACACUAAGAGCACGGACCUGCCAGAUGUGGAGGAGCUGAAGCCAUACUACCAGUCUCUCAUUGACAAAUACUGCCCUGGGACACUACAGUGGUGAACACACACACACACACACACACACACACACACACACACCUCAGCAGUGUGUGUGUGGAGUGGUCCCUGGCCGCAGUGACUGAUUGUGCCUUUGAUCAUGAGCGUUGGAUGAUUAUGGAUCUUUUAUUGUCAGGGUGACGACCGCAGGGUCUAGUGUUAAACCCUAACCCUAGUGUUAAAAAUCACAUCUCUCACACAUACAUCAAAAAGAACAUUAUUCUUAUUCAUAAUCUUACACAUGUUUGACCAGAGAUUAUCAGCGUGUGAUAAUAUUAUUCUGGAUUAGAGCUCACUGUAAUAGAUGUCAUUAUCUCACUCUGAGAGAUUACGAGAUUAUGUACCCUUGGCUUUUAAUCCACGGCAUCAAUCAAUGAAUUGUGCUUUGUUUUUAUAUGUUUAUUAUAAAUGAUAGAAAAUAAUAAAACACUCUUUCUAUUCAUCAUCA